AGGUAACUCUACACCGCUUGCUGAGUAGUGUUAGACAUGCUCUUAUUGUCGCUGUGAGUGACAGGGUGUCCGGACACGACAAUGCCCGUCCUGUUCUCUAUUGAUGACAAAAGACGCGUGGGCCAAUCAGCGGCGCGCCCCGACCAUUCCCAGCCUUUGUAAAUACAAAACACACAUCCCGUUUCAUUAGUCCGCGUCCAGUUCAAGCCGAGACGGCGCGUACGGUGUGUGUGUGCGUGUGUUGUGCUUUCCUCGGUGUCUGUUCAACUUGAGGAGAUGGCAAACGCUGUCGAGAACGUGAACCCGAAUGUGAACCAGGGAGUGGAUAUGGGCACGGGGACUCCCGGAGUCCAGACGAGCCAGACUAUCAACGGGGGCGACACCUCCUCGACCCUGACGUUCUCUCCCGAGCAAGUCGCCUGUGUCUGCGAGGCUCUGCAGCAAGGAGGGGACAUCGAGAGAUUAGCUCGGUUCCUCUGGUCCCUGCCGCCCAACGAGUUGUUGAGAGGCAGCGAGAGCGUCCUGAAGGCCCGGGCCAUCGUGGCUUUCCACCGGGGCAGUUUCAAAGAACUCUACGCUAUUCUGGAGAGCCACAACUUCGACACGUCCAACCAUCAAAUGCUACAAGACAUGUGGUACAAGGCGCACUACAUCGAAGCACAGAAAAUCCGCGGACGUCCACUAGGAGCUGUGGACAAGUACAGACUGAGGAGAAAAUUCCCGCUCCCUCGAACCAUCUGGGACGGCGAAGAGACCGUCUACUGCUUCAAGGAGAAAGCAAGACAAGCCCUGAAGGAGAUGUACAACAACAACCGGUACCCGACUCCAGACGAGAAGCGAAACUUAGCCAAGAAGACGGGCCUCACACUCACACAAGUCAGCAACUGGUUCAAGAACAGGCGACAAAGAGACAGGACUCCAUCCAUACACAAGGGAGACGACAGACACAGUGGAUUGGACAGCGGAGAUGAAGAUCUGAAGGGUCAUCUCAACGGCGACCUCUCGCACGACCUCUCCCAGCUGACCGCACGGGUGGACAAGAUGGACAGCAGCAUAGCGACCACGCCGGUGCAUGCGCAACAACAACAGGCGCAUCUCCAACAUCACCACAGCGCGCAUGCGCACCAUAUGGUAGGCUUGGACUUUCCCGGUGACGUCGAGUCCAAGUCGUGCGUCCCGACGCCUCACGAACUGCUCGGCUCGUGCUCGGCCGUGGAAACAUCCGUACUCUGCACGCCUGUCAGUACCAUCGUCAAAGGCGAGCCUCCACAGUAAAGAGAAGAAAACAAACAAAAGAAAACAAGAUCAAAUCUCUCCACGUAUCAUUCCUAAAACUUCUCACUCUCCAAAAAUGUAUACUUCAAACACUCCAUAUUUUCUUUUCAUAACUUUGAAUUGACAUGUCAAUAGUCAUUCCGAUUUUAUUUUGUUUGAUUCUUUCUUUGUUGGCAGCAUUUCUCUCCUGCUGUCUUUUCCUCCUUUCGUCCCCAAACAUAAAUAUUGUACAUACCAUUUUAGUUAGGACGAGUUUUAUUCCUUAUGAAGUUGUGCCAAAUACUUCUUCAUGUGAGAGAUGUAAAAUGUUGUGCGUGUGCACGUGUUGUUUUGAGACCAGCAAUGCGCAUGUGUAGUAGGAUCCAAGAAUGGAUGCUCUCAAUCCAGAAGCCCCUCACAUAUAUAGCCGUUUGGUUUGUAUAUUCUAUAUGUAAUAGGAACUCUUGAUGUUAUACGUGCAGUCUUAAAAACGUAUUUUUGUUGUAUGAUAUUACGGAACCUCUAUGUCCCCUAGAUAUACUUUCUAUGAAGGUUGUUCCAGUACUUGGAGGGGGCUUGUCUCUUUUGUAUCACAGGGUUUCGUUUCACUGUUGUUUUUGCGGAGUUAGAAACACAAACACAAAGUUUUGACACCCGUAUUCGAACUUUUCUCGUUAUUUUGCCGUUCCUUGCCGUGUUUGACAUGUAAUUAUCGGCAGUUUUCCGACAACAUCAAACUUUCGCCUCUUGUGGAAAAAAAAUAGGCCAUCAGCCAAAGGCAAACAUCAUCGCCUUAUAUGGAAGUAUCCAAGAGCUGUGAUGUCGAAUGUAGUUGAAAAUUCGUCGCUGCACAUUCAUCUUAGUGACAACACCGUGCGAAUCUGUGUUCAAAUUAUGCUUCCAGUUUUCCCUAGUAUUUGCUUGUUCAGAUUGCCGAACUGUUAUCAUUGAUGUAAUAUUUGUAUACCAAAGAAUCAUGAAGUAAAACUUCAUUGUGCAGAAGCUAGUAAUUUUGGUGUGUCGCAAAUAUUUACGCACUUUCUUGCAAACACUGGUGCGGGGAAGGUGGGGAGGGGGGGCAUUGCAGACCUAACCAUUUGUCCGUCCAUUCCCCCCAUAUGUUCAGGUGCUAUCGCCUAAAGCGGAACUAAACGCACAUGAUAAAUGCUGUUCGUCCAUAACUGGAACUAGACAGGCCUCCUGUUGGUCGUUUAGAUGCAAUAAACAUCCUAUUGUAGUGCAA